AUGAAUAACCAAAGUGUAACCUAUGCAGAACUGAAUUUGGCCAAGUCCACCAAGAGACAGCAAAGGAAACCUAAGGGCACUCAAAGCUGCACUCCAGUAACUGAGCAGGAAAUAACCUACGCAGAUUUAACGCUUGGAAAUGCUUCCCGGGAUCUUCAAGGAAAGGACAAGAAGGACCUCUCCAAAGUUUCACCAUCACCUCCAGAGAAGCUCAUUGCUGGGACCCUAGGGGUCAUCUGCCUUGUUCUGAUGUCCGCUGUGGUGACGAUCACUGUCAUUCCCUCUAUUGUAAUAAUACAGGAGAAGAACAAUGAUUUGCAAAUAACAAGGAUCCAGAAAGCACAUCAUUGUGAUCACUGUCUACUGGAGUGGUUUACAUAUUCCAACAAUUGCUAUUACAUUAGCACUGAAAAUAAAACAUGGAAUGAGAGUUUGCAGGCCUGUGCUUCUAAGAACUCUACUCUGCUUUACAUAGAUAAUGAAGAAGAAAAGGAAUUUCUGAAUUCCAUACUUCCUCCAUCAUGGAUUGGAGUUUUUCGUACCAGCAGUGAUCAUCCUUGGAUGCUGAUAAAUGGUUCAACUUUCAAACUAAAAAUAAAAGACUUAUCAUCUGGUAAAGGUGACUGUGCUUUGCUAAACCUAUAUGACCUCACCUCAGGAAAUUGUGGAGAUCCAAAAAUAUUUAGCUGCAAGCAUAAGCUUCAGAGUUAA